AUGAUGAGAGCAAACCAAUCUACAGUGUCUGAAUUUGUGCUACUGGGGCUCUCAAACUCCUGGGAGAUCCAGAUUUUUCUUUUUUUCUUUUUCUGUUUGUUCUAUGUGUCCAGUUUGACAGGAAACUUCAUCAUAGUUGUCACUGUCACUUCUGACCCCUACUUGCAUUCACCCAUGUAUUUUCUACUGGCAAAUCUCUCUGUUAUUGAUCUUAUAUUUUGUUCCAUUGCAGCACCCAAAAUGAUUUGUGAUCUUUUUAGAAAGCAGAAAGUCAUCUCUUUUGGAGGCUGUAUCAGUCAGAUCUUUUUUAGUCAUGCUGUUGGGGGUACUGAGAUGGUGUUACUCAUAGCCAUGGCCUUUGACAGGUAUGUGGCCAUAUGCAAACCUCUCCACUAUCUGACCAUCAUGAGCCCACGGAUAUGCUUGCUAAUAUUAGUGGCUGCUUGGAUCAUUGGCCUCAUUCAUUCAUCAGCCCAGUUGCCUUUUGUUAUAAACUUGCCCUUUUGUGGUCCUAACAUAUUGGACAGCUUUUACUGUGACAUACCACGACUUCUCAAACUUGCAUGCACAGAUACUUAUAAAUUUGAGUUCAUGGUCACUGCCAACAGUGGGUUCAUUUCCUUGGUUGCAUUCUUUUUACUCAUCAUCUCCUAUAUCUUCCUCCUCAUCACUGUCCAGAAGCACUCCUUAGGACAUUCAACUAAGGCCCUUUCUACUCUGUUGGCUCAUAUCAUGGUAGUAGUUUUGUUUUUUGGCCCAUUGAUUUUUUUCUAUGUAUGGCCUGCUCCUUCAACACAUGUAGAUAAAUUUCUAGCUAUAUUUGAUGCAGUUUUGACUCCUUUUCUAAAUCCAGUUAUCUAUACAUUCAGGAACAGAGAGAUGAAGAUAGCAAUCAGGAAAGGGUUUUGUCAGUUCCUGGGUUUUAGAAAAUCAAUAUAGAUGUCCUGCUUGUGAUAUAAAGUUCCCAAGUGAGGACUGUUCCUAACAGCCAGUCUCCCUAAAGGGCUUUGUGUUAGAAAUUCUUUGAGUACAUUCAGAUAAUCACCACCUGUUGUAUCAGUCUAUUUGU